GUGAGAGGAGGGAAAGAAGAACAUCUCUUUUUCAUUUCUGCUUCUGUUUUGUGGUUUUCUUUGCUUCCGUCACUUGUGGCGUUAGAUCCCGACAGUCAGCAGUGACCAGGCGGACAUGGAGCCCCACACGGUCCCCGGAGCCGCAGCGCAGCUCUCUCUGUCCGACCUGUACUCCGUCAUCCCCUUUAACGUCACCUUCCCGGAGGAGCUGGCCGGGCUGAACGCCACGGAGCCCGGCAGCCCGGUGAGGGGCGCCGGGGGUAUGGUCAUCGCUGUGUCCAUCACGGCGCUUUACUCGGUCAUUUGCGUCGUGGGUCUGCUGGGCAACGUCCUCGUCAUGUACGGAGUGAUCAGAUACACCAAGAUGAAGACAGCCACAAACAUCUACAUCUUUAACCUGGCCCUGGCUGAUGCCUUGGCCACCAGCACGCUGCCUUUCCAGAGUGCAAAGUACCUGAUGAACACCUGGCCCUUUGGACAGGCUCUGUGCAAGCUCAUCAUUGCCAUUGACUACUACAACAUGUUCACCAGUAUCUUCACCCUCACUAUGAUGAGUGUGGACCGCUACAUCGCCGUGUGCCAUCCCGUCAAGGCGUUGGGCUUUCGGACACCGGUCAAGGCUAAGAUGAUCAACGUCUUGAUAUGGGUCCUGUCGUCCGCGAUUGGGGUGCCGAUCAUGGUUAUGGCUGUGACCAGAGUGAACGAGGCUGGUAACAUUACAUGCAUGUUGAAAUUUCCUGACCCUGACUGGUACUGGGACACCGUGACCAAGAUCUGUGUUUUUAUUUUCGCCUUUGUGGUCCCUGUGAUGGUCAUCACUGUUUGCUACGGCCUGAUGAUCCUGCGUCUGAGGAGCGUCCGUCUGCUCUCGGGCUCCAAGGAGAAAGACCGCAACAUGCGGCGAAUCACCCGCAUGGUCCUGGUGGUGGUGGCAGCCUUCAUCGUCUGCUGGACCCCCAUCCAGAUCUUUAUCAUCGUGAGGACGAUGGUGGAGAUCAACACCAGAAAUCCUUUUGUCAUAGCCAGCUGGCACUUGUGCAUCGCCUUGGGCUACACCAACAGCAGUCUUAAUCCUGUCCUCUACGCCUUUUUGGAUGAAAAUUUUAAGCGUUGCUUCAGGGAUUUCUGCCUGCCCUGCCGGGCCCGCAUGGAGCAGAACAGCGUGACCAGCGCCCGCAACACCACCCGGGAGCCGGUGUCCGUCUUUGCUCCGACCGAGGCGGGAAGGAAGCCUGCAUGACUAGCCGAGGAGAGGGUCCCUCUUCGCUCCAAUGUGAGCACAAUCCAUCAAGAUCCACAGUCACAGGAAACCCUGAUCUCCACCACAGAGUUUUGAUGCCCAGUGAGGGUAAAAUCAGCAGGAAUGUCUGAGCUCACAGUCAAAAACAGUGUCUGACUUUGACAGAUUGUCCAAAGCCCAUCAUCCCACAGUAAGAUCAUGAAGCAGAAUGUUCUUAGUUUUUAUCUCAGAAUAAGACGGUAGGAGAGUUCAAGACAACAGCAGCAGCUGGUACACUUAAGAGGAUUUCAACGAUUGCAUUGGCAGGUGAAACAACCACAUCAGAAAAAAACUGCUUCAGUGUUUGUUUUUUUUUACAUUAACAAAGUGAGAAAUACAUGACGCACCAAACCAACGAUGGCUCAGUGGAAGAGUCCUCUGCCUGAACAGAUUUGAUCUAAAGGAGGCCACAACGAACUGCGCUGCACCAGAACGAGUGAUUAAAUGAUUUUAAAGUGUUUCUUGCUGAAUAUAUAGAAGUACAAUCAAUUUCAAAUUAGAUGGAAGGAUACAUGUCACAGAACUUCUGUGUCUGGAUGUCUAUAGACCCACUUUGAGAUCAAAAUUCGUUGGUCCUCAGCUGUCCACUGGAGACCACCACUGACAGCCUCGACCACAACAACGGCUUAACGUCUGCAGUCUAGUACUUCAGAGGCAGCCAAUUUUACUCCACACCAGUAAUUAGAAAAAGAAACUCUGAGGUCUGUCUCGCUCUGUUGGACACUUGUGAAAAGUGGCGCGGCGCUCUCUGAAGCGAUGACUCACUCCGGGAAAUUCAGCUUCCUCAAUCAGACCGGAGCCAGCGGAGACGGAGGUGACGAAUGAUGACUUCAGCUGAGCCGACAUGCUUCACACGACUGUUUGUUGAAGUCGUCAAAUCCAGCUAAAUUUGGGUUUUCCUGAAAGCUCAGAGUUUAAAUUAUGACAACAGAGAGAGACGUUUGGGAGACAUUAAACACACAUGAGCUAGUAUGUAGCCUUUCUAAAGUAGUAAGACUACUUUCACUUUUCUCCAUUUUCACUUUGUUGGCAUUAAGACCAGUGGUGGGAGUCAAUAAAAUUUUAAUUGCAGGGCCUGUAAUUAACUUAUGAAAAGGUGGAACGACUAUGUGAACGUUUGCAUUAAAACAAUUGAAUCUUAAGUUACUUUAAGAGAAACGCAGAUGUUUUGUGAUUGGUUCUCCUUUCGUCUCUCUGAGUGUUUCGAUUUUGCUGCUUUCUGUUUAUUUCACGCAGAAAAAUUUGAGAAUCCGAGUUAAGAGACUUCAUGUGUAAGAACAGCCUACAGAAACUGUGUUGGACUUUCACACUGGCUCAGAUAUGGAGACAAUAAAUAGAACAUGAGAUGUAAAUGUACGCCAUGUGGUUGGUUUGCUUGUGUUACCGCAUCGUGUGCUGUAGAGUCCAUAGCCGUUCAUUCUGUGACCAUUGCUGCCUUUGUUGGGUGAAUGUCUCUCAGAGCACGUAACCUUUACAAAUUCAAAUUUCUUCCUGAAAUAAUGUAAUGUUCUCUAUAUUAUGAAUACAGAUGGUUUUUUUCAGGCUAACGGUACCAAACAGGAUGCAAGUUCUUCUUCUGUUGGAUGCUUCCUGAAGGGACCACUGGACUGAAUCAUUUGCAUUAAUUCUUUUGAAACCGAAUGUUGUUGUUCGCUACAUUCAUGAGUCUCGUUUUCUCGGUGAUCUUCCUCUCCUCCUGUGGCUGAGCUCCAUAUUCUAAAUCACAUGUCUGUCCUCUAAUGGCCUAAAAGCCUAAACUGUCCUUCUAAUAUAUAAAUCUCAACCUCGUCACUUCCAGUGGCUGCAUUUCUAUCAACCAUAUAAUUGCACAUUUUGAUAUUUUGAAUAUCUAUUUGCUUAAUGUAAACAUACCGAUUUGGAAAAACUCCAUCAUUUUACCUUAAAAAGAGUUGGUGUGAGGAUGACGUGUUUUUUUUUGGCUGUAUCAAACAUGCAAUGGAAACGCGAGUCACAUGAUCAACAACUUGAUGCCACUAUAAUUAAGUAUUAAUGACUUAUUUAUAGGGUUUUUUUAUCGGUUCUUAAUUAAAGUAAACAAUUGUGGAAUUGUAGUUUUUUGACACAUUGGACAUUUUUUUCUCAUGUUUGUAAUGGAAUCGCAGCUAAUGGAAACGUUUCCUUCAUCUCUCACUCUGCUUGCCAUCCUCUCCAUCCGGUUGGCCAGAGGUAAUUAAACUCUCACUGGUCUUUUAUCCAGUAACUGCAGCUGCGUCUGUUAAACCACAUAACCCUGCAGCACAGAAAAAAAGGAUAUAUUUACAUUUUAUAGAAUAAGCCCAACACCAGGUAAUUCCAGGGUACAACUCUGACAUCAAUGUUUUUGAUUUAUAUUUGGCAAUUCAUCAAACCUUUCGCAUUUUAGGUUUGGGAAGUUUUUUCUUUUUUCAAAUAUAGGAGAGAAUUUGGUCCAGGUUUCUAUUUCAAUGACACGUGAAACAGAAACAAUGGAAAACAAAAAGAAUAUAAAAUGCAAAAAAAUAAAAAAUAGAUCAUUAGAGAGCAAAUCGAACAAAUCUUUUUUGAGAUAGAGUUUAAGAAACCACAACACGAAAAUAAAUAAAAACUUCAAGGGUGAAUCUGAAACUGUGGCAUCGAUCUUAAGAUGCUUAAGAUCCAAUACAAACACGACUUGAUGUUGACCUGAUCGAUAUUUGCGAGAGAUGGACUCACUUACCUCAUUGCCUCCCUCUGCAUUCGCAGAAUGAAGCUCUGGUGUGUCUUCAAAUACAAAGCAAGUUUAGGGACAUUUAUCAACUCCAUGUUCACUGAACUCCAAAACACACAGACCAUCUGUUUAGAGCUAAUAAGAACUGGAACGCCAAUCAAUAUAUUUGAUGUAUAUUUUCUUGAUGAUGAGAUUUAACAAAAUGUAAUGUUUACUGUUUGUUUACUGUGUUAUAUUUUUAUGAUGUAAGCACUCUGUCCUGCCUGGUUCUGAAAUGUGCUGUACCAACUUGACUUGUAGCUGACUGCGGUUUAAGGCAAGAUGAGUUCGUCCCAUUUUGACUCAUCAAGAUGGAAAAAUUUGCAGCUCAGAUUUUUCUUCUAGUUUCAGACAAAAUCGGACCGUCAAAGGUUUCACUCAUAUCUUGUUUAGGUAAAGCCUCAGUGCUGUAUGUUUCAUUUGUAUGCUAUUAAUUGUGACUUCUGUUUUAUUCUUUGAUACUUUGUUGCUGUAAAUAAUUCAGUUUGAUGACAUUGUUGAAGUUGGUGUGAUGUUGCAUUUAUCUUGUUUUAUCCUGACCAGGAGAAAAAGAUGAAUGAUCCCAAUGGAUUUCUGUCCUGCAAAAAUAAAGUCAAAUAAAAAAAUAAGAAUAAA